UUUCCAAAAAUAAAAUAAAAUAAAAUAAAAUGCAAAUCCACAUUUAGUAGGGUGUGAAACAAAAGAUGUUCAAGAAUUUGGAAUUCAUCCUUUACAAAUGCAAUUUAUUGAUAUGGUCUCCACCAUUUUACAGUUUCAUCUCAGACGAUUAUGCAAAAAGGUGAUAAAAGAGAGAAUAAAUCGUUGAUUCGUUUCUUCCAUCGUCUGAAAGGGAACCUUUUUGGUGUGUUUAAAUCUCCAGCAUCGGAAACGCAGAGUGAUCUCUCAGAUUUCUCACUCCACUCCACUCCACUCCACAUUUCCGCCGCCGCCUCUUCUCUUGUACACAGCAAUGGGCUCCAGAGUAAUCACGGUGGCGCAGGACGGCUCCGCCGACUGCCGUACCGUGCAGGAGGCCAUCGACGCCGUGCCCCUCGGCAACGCCUGCCGCACCGUCAUCCGCGUAGCUCCAGGCGUCUACCGCCAGCCUCUCUACGUCCCUAAGACCAAAAACCUCAUCACUCUCGCCGGAAUCGGCCCCGAGGCCACCGUCCUCACCUGGCAAAACACCGCCACCAGCAUCGAGCACCACCAGGCGGCGCGUGUGAUCGGCACCGGCACUUUUGGCUGCGGCAGCACCAUCGUGGAAGGGGAGGAUUUCAUCGCCGAGAACAUCACCUUCGAAAACUCCGCUCCUCAGGGUUCGGGACAAGCUGUGGCGCUUAGAGUGACGGCUGAUCGUUGUGCCUUCUAUAAUUGCAGAUUUCUUGGUUGGCAGGAUACGCUGUAUUUGCACUACGGGAAGCAGUAUUUGAGGGAUUGCUAUGUUGAAGGAAGUGUUGACUUCAUUUUUGGCAAUAGCACUGCCCUCUUGGAGCAUUGCCACAUCCAUUGCAAAUCUGAUGGCUUCAUUACAGCUCAAAGCAGAAAAACUUCAUCAGAGACCACAGGAUAUAUAUUCUUGAGAUGUGUGAUUACUGGUAAUGGAAAAAAGGAGUAUGCCUAUCUUGGGCGACCAUGGGGACCUUUUGGGAGGGUAGUGUUCGCGCACUCGUACUUGGAUGCCUGUGUUAAGCCAGUAGGGUGGAAUAACUGGGGAAAGGUUGAAAACGAAAGAAGCGCCUGCUUUUAUGAAUACAAGUGCUUUGGGCCGGGCAGUUGCCCCUCAAAGCGCGUAACUUGGUGCAGAGAACUGAUAGAUGAGGAAGCUGAUGAGUUUGUUGCACACAGUUUCAUCGAUCCAGAUCGACAGCGGCCAUGGCUGGCGCCAAAGAUGGCUAUAAGAGUGCCAUAUUCGGCUUAGUUGUCUUGGUUGGAUAUUGUUGUAACUUGUAAACCAAAUUACUACUUCAAACUUCAUUACUACUAUUAUGUAUUGCCUUGUUAUCAGUCUACACCUCACAGAACAAAAAGGAGCUUACUGUUUGUAGCUACUUAAUUUGUGCACCACAAAUUUUCAUAUUUAUCAUAUUUAUAUUCAAUA